UAAGCAUCUGACUGCAAACUAUGUUAUAGCUAAACAAACCCUAUUAGUAUUUGUACAUUCAACUUUCCAUCAUGUUAUGAUCAAAGAAGUCAACAGAAAUCCAGGAAUGUGAAUUUCAUAUUACAAUCUUCACACGUCUGGAUGCCAAGAUGAGUAAUGGAGUAGAAAUUAAUGUAUCGAUAACAACAGAAAUGAUUUAUCUAUUGAAGGAUUAUACUUCAGAUUACAAGUCCUCUCAUGGCACAUUCAGCACCGUCUCUUUGAAGUCUCCACUCACACCAGCAAAAGAAGACAGUAAGGAUUGGGGAUACAACCUAGUAAUAUACCUGGCUCUCUUCUUCUUUUUGUUGCUUUUGCUGGCUUUAUUUCUUUUUGUGGUCAUCAAGCAGCUGAAGAAUUCAGUAGCAGCUGUUGUGUGGCAGCCUAAUCGGUCUGUUAGAGAACCCUGGAGUGCAAACAGAGAGCAGGCUGUCUAG